AAUAAAACCUUUGACCUUAAAUACAACAUAAACAAAUAACCUUAUAGAUUGUUCCAAUUAGUUGUUUCGUUGUCAAGUCCGUAACUAUGGCAAUAUGGAUGAAAAUAUAUUCUCAUUCAAUUGCCACUUCGUUUCUCACUACCAACUUAUUCACAUUUGCUCUAUAAUUCAAUAUGCGUGAAAUUGUUCAUAUUCAAGCUGGUCAAUGUGGAAAUCAAAUCGGUGCAAAGUUUUGGGAAGUGAUCUCAGAUGAACACGGAAUCGACCCAACUGGCACUUAUCAUGGAGAUUCCGAUCUACAACUAGAACGCAUCAACGUAUAUUACAAUGAAGCAACUGGUGGAAAGUAUGUGCCUCGUGCCAUUCUCGUCGAUCUGGAACCUGGUACGAUGGACAGUGUGCGUGCCGGUCCAUUCGGACAACUGUUCAGACCAGACAACUUCGUGUUUGGACAGAGUGGUGCUGGAAACAACUGGGCCAAAGGACACUACACUGAAGGUGCAGAGUUGGUCGACUCAGUUCUCGAUGUUGUACGCAAGGAGGCUGAAUCGUGUGAUUGUCUACAAGGCUUCCAACUCACCCACUCUCUAGGAGGUGGAACAGGUUCCGGAAUGGGAACACUACUCAUCUCGAAGAUUCGUGAGGAGUAUCCAGACCGCAUCAUGAACACAUUCUCAGUGGUCCCUUCACCUAAGGUCUCCGACACAGUCGUCGAACCAUACAACGCCACGCUCUCUGUUCACCAACUCGUUGAGAACACCGACGAGACAUACUGCAUUGACAACGAAGCACUCUACGACAUAUGCUUCCGUACUCUGAAACUCACCACACCCACCUAUGGAGACUUGAACCACUUGGUCAGUGCAACUAUGUCAGGAGUGACAACAUGUCUGAGAUUCCCUGGUCAGCUGAAUGCUGACUUGAGGAAACUCGCUGUGAACAUGGUGCCAUUCCCACGUCUCCACUUCUUCAUGCCUGGAUUCGCACCUCUCACCAGUCGCGGCAGUCAACAGUAUCGUUCUCUCACCGUUCCCGAGUUGACUCAACAGAUGUUCGAUGCGAAGAACAUGAUGGCUGCAUGCGAUCCACGACACGGACGAUAUCUCACAGUGGCUGCAAUAUUUCGAGGUCGUAUGUCGAUGAAGGAGGUUGAUGAGCAGAUGCUCAACGUGCAGAACAAGAACUCAAGCUAUUUUGUUGAAUGGAUCCCGAACAACGUGAAGACGGCAGUGUGUGACAUUCCACCACGAGGUCUGAAAAUGUCAGUCACUUUCAUAGGGAACAGUACAGCUAUUCAGGAGUUGUUCAAACGUGUUAGUGAACAAUUCACGGCCAUGUUCAGACGUAAAGCUUUCUUGCAUUGGUACACAGGUGAGGGUAUGGAUGAGAUGGAAUUUACAGAGGCAGAAUCAAAUAUGAACGAUCUUGUCAGUGAAUAUCAACAGUACCAAGAUGCAACUGCUGAAGAAGAAGGAGAGUUUGAAGAAGAAGAAAAUGAAGAAGCAUAAAUUAAUUGUGAAUUUAGGCAUUAGUUAAAUAAAUUUUCCGUGGUUUCUUCA